GUGUCUCCUCUUCUGUAUUAGCCUGACCUCAUCAUCGGGGAUUCCUUAUUAGCCCCAGUUGUGGACAGACUCCCACAGCCUCGGUCUGACUCAUAUACCCGCCGACAUGUUCACAGGGAUGCGGACAGAGAACAGGGGGGAUUCGGGGGUCCUGGAUGCUGCGGCUCUAAGGCAGCAGAGGAGGCUGAAACAGGCGAUCCAGUUUCUCCAUAAAGACUCAGCCGAUCUGCUGCCUUUGGAUGGACUGAAGAAGCUCGGGACAUCUAAACAGGGGCAGCCACACCACAUUCUCCAGAAGCGCCUGCUGGAGGCCAAGAUGUCCCGCGGACGGAUAAACAUGUGUGGAGUGACGCCAAACAAUGGAGGGGUCCUUCUGACUCGUGACCAUUUAAAUUCACAUGAGGAUGAAGAAGAAGAGGAGGAAGGUUUCAUUUAUGUGCCCUGCAAUUGUUUAGGGCAGGAGGUGAAUGUGCUGAUUGACACCGGCUGCAAACUGAACCUGAUGUCCUCAGUAACUGUGGAAAGAUCAGGUUUGAAAGAGCUGGUUGAGGAGAACAAAACGGAGAUGGGUGGCUUUCCAUUUCAGCGGAAGUUUUGUAUUAACGGACACAUCAAAGAACUCAUCUUAAACAUUGGGAAACUCAGAAUAAUGUGCUCCUUUGCUGUAGUAGAAAGUAACAGACCACUGAUGUCCCUAGGCAACAAGACAUUAAAGUCACUCAAGUGUGUAAUUGACACUGACAAGCAGAUGUUGGUGUUUGGGACAAUGGUGAGGGAGCAAGUUCAGUUUGCCAAAAAGCCAUUCAAUGAAAGCUCCUCUGACUUCCAUGACCAAUGAUACUGACCUCCCUUCUCCCCAACACACACAGUGACCAAAAGCAAUAGAAUUAUUUACUCUUACAACUAGAUGCCUCAUCAUGGAACUUCACAUUUUUUUAACCACAUAAAUUCUCACUUUCUCUCUGCCUGUUUGUUUGUUGCAUUCAUGUGUCAGAUAAUCCACACUGACUUCACUCAUUUUAACAUCAAAGCAGCAGUUAACCCAGCAGCUGCUCCUCAUGUAGCACUGGCAAUAAAUAGCAUUCUUGUAGCCUAAGUAUGAUCAUGUUCAAGCUGUCACUAUAGUAGUACAUGUUGUGCAGCUAGAAAACAAAUUAUGAACAGUACUUGCUGUAGACUUUAAGAUUCUGAUAGAAUUGUGAUUUAUAGCUCUUGUAUCCUACAAAUUAGUACUGUUCUGCCAGACAUAGUAUCCUACAUUUAUAGCUGGAAAUUAACCUUGGAGAACAAAGGUUGGAGGGUUUGUAUUUCACGUAUGGCUGAUUCGCUUAGCACAAUCUGUUGCACACAGAACAACUGUUUAUCUACUGUAUUUUAUAAUGUUGUAAAUGUAUUUUCUAUAAUCCAAAACAUGUAUUUGCAUUGAGGUCACUGCCUUUUCAUGUUUACAAAAUGAUAGUGAUACUUGUGAUAUGUUUUAUCACAGGACUGUAGCAAAGCAGAGCACUGAAUAUCAAAUAAAAUCCCAAAUAAAUGUGAAA